AUGCUAAAUCAAACCGCAAAUGGUGACGUGUUGACAGAGAACCCGUCAGAUAAACCCGAGAUCAUAGUCAUCACCUGCCUGCUGUCGAUGUUCAGCGUCGUAGGGACCACUGGCAAUGCCUUCGUCCUCUACGUGUUCUCUAGAAAGAAGGACAAAAACACUUCUACAUUCUUCGUUCUUACACUUGCAUCCAUUGACUUUGUUACUUGCCUUUUGCUAAUUCCCUUUACAAUAUAUGUAGAGUUCAAUUACAAGAAGGUUAAUAGUGACAUCGCGUGCAAAAUUUAUCAGUUUCUGAUAACGUCGAACGUACCUUUUAGUGCUUUUAUCAUGGUUGCCAUCGCAUUUGAUAGAUAUUUCUGCAUUUGCCGCCCGUGGUUGAAAGUUCUUAACAUUCGACUCGCUAAGCGCAUUAUACUGUCGUUAUUGGUGUUUUCGCUGUCUCUAGGAUUAAUAACCAGUCUCGCAUACGGUGUAUAUCAUCGUAAAAGUUCUGUACGCAUUAUACGAAAUAACAGUUUGCCUGAACAGUUCCUUUAUAAUGAGUCCACUAAUAAUAAUAUUGGAACACAUGACAACGCUUUGAAUGCCGUCUGGAAAAUAAAUUUGCGUUUGUCGUCUAACUGUUCAUUUAACAGAAACACAAACAUCAAUGGGUGCCAAAAAAAUGAAAACGUAAACGACAUAUAUUCAGACGUAAAUGACGAAGAAUUCGAUUUUACCGGCUUUUGUUAUCCAAAUGAAGUUUUACUAAGCACGUCGUUUCGAAGAGCAUAUCAAAAAUUUUAUGCGUCUCUAUUCCUUAUCGCGAUUAUCACAGUAUCGAUUUUGUACGCACUUAUAUAUCGAUCAAUAUUAACACGUCGGUCUAAACGUCUCAAAACUUCUUUAGUGUCCAGCGGACGACGUUCCAAAUCGCUGACCUCGUUCUUUCCGCGUACCACGACCAGACCCAAUUCGAAAAGCGUGGUAACGCAUAAAGCAGAUUUAAGUAAAUUUUCUGUUGAUACAAUCCCAGCCUUAGAAUCCAUCCAAAGCACAGAGAUAGAGUCUAUUUCGCAGCUUAACAUAAUUGAUGGCGAGAGCCAGCGCGGACGUAUUGCCCUUAAUGGUGUAAUACGGGAAGAGAACGAAAACGACCACUUACUGCCAACUGACCAACAUCGAAAUCAUAUUGAGCUUACCAAUACUUCAGAAUGUCUGUCAUCAAACGAUCUGAACGAUCAAAAACAUCCACACUCAGCAAGUCGGAAGCAUCGAAACGGCCGUAACGGUCGGGUGGUAAUGACUUCUUUUACCGUGAUGUCCGAACCGGACAAAGAUGCCGACCUGCGUAGGGAAGACACUUUCUUCAACGGUGAAAAACAGGAGUUCGUCUUUACCGAUGCCAAAGAAUCGCCGAAACUGUCAAGCUGUAAUGUAUAUCGUCAAGAUACCAGAAAGUCUGUUCGUGAGAGACAUCGGAUCGCUAACAUAAAAACUGCUGGGAUUUUAUUUAUCGUGACUAUUGUAUUCAUCGUCGCCUUUCUGCCCGGAUGGUUAAUGGCAACAAAACUGAUACCCCCGAACAUGAUUGUGUUCUAUUGUUACUUUGUAUAUAAUGUAGCGAACCCAGUCAUUUACGCAUUUUUUAAUCAGUCGUUUCAAAAGAAGUGA